AUGAGCGCUAAAAAGGAUUUGAUAGAUCGUGAUGAUGAUGAUAUUAAUCCAUUUGAAGACGACUCCUUUGUUCCUCAAGUUACACCCGGCUUAAAACCAUUCGAGCCUGAGCUCCAAGAUAUAACGUUAGAAACUACUAGAGAGGCUCCUCAACCUGCUAUAACUACAGGAAAGGCCAGUAUCUUCUCAAAGCUAUCUCCAUAUUUUCAAGUAGAUGAAACCACACUCAAACAAAAACUUAUCACCGCAUUGAAACUAGGUGAAUUGAAAUCAUUGAGGGAUCCUGAAAGCCAAGCAGAUGCACAAUUGGAUUUGUACAGUACUGUAUGGAUAACAGCCACUGUCAUCAUGGUACUGUUCCUAUCUUAUUCCGGUAAGAGUGUUAUCGGAUCACUAAUCACAAAUAGCUUUUCUGAUGUAAUCGAUUUCCAGAUCAUGAUCAAUUGUCUAUUCUUAUUCUACAUUUACGUUUUGGGGGUGCCAAUCUUAGCAUUUUUGAUCUGUAAAUUCGUGUUCAAAGAACCCUUUGAUGUCAUAACAGCAAUUGACACAUAUGGUGUCAGUAACGUUGUGUGGGUGCCAAUCGGUUUCAUAAGUGUAGUGACGGGACUUGUGGGACCCUUCGAAAAUAUAAUAGAAUGGGUCCUAGUGGCAAUAGGAGGUGCAUACAGCGGUGGUAUUAUCUAUAUACAACUAAAAAAUGUUGUAACAGAGUUACAAAAUGGUAAAGUUCUAUUGCUUGCCAUGAUUGGGGUUCAUAUUCUAUUUACGUUACUGGUAAGAUGGAUCAUCCUUUAA